AUGAAUAAGAAGGGAAUAGGUGUUCACUCUAUCCAGAACAUUUUGGACGAGCAAACGGACAUAGAUAGUGAAAAUGUUGUAAAUAAUGUAAUUGACAGUGAUUCUUUUGAAAAUUUGGAAAUUGGGGAUAUAGCACCAUUUAGUGAUGAUGAUGAGUCUGAUCCAGGAGCAUCAGGAACUCUUGCGGACUAUAACCCUCCUCUUACUAUGGACAAUCCUGAUUCCCCCCCUGUUGUCAGCCCCCCCCCCCCUAUUUCACCCCCCUUUGCAACUGAAGAAGAGAAAAGUAACUCACCAGAUCCACCGACGCCGCCCCCUCCCAGACCACCGACACUGCCCCCUCCCAGACCACCGACACUGCCCCCUCCCAGACCACCGACACUGUCCCCUCCCAGACUACCGACACUGCCCCAGCCCAGACCGACGCGGCCCCUUCCUAGAUCACCGACUCGGGCCCCUCCCAGACCUCCGACACUCCCCUCUCCUAGACAAUCGAGAACUAAUACUGCUUCUAGAAAACCUGAACCCCCUCCACAGCGGGACCCAGAGAUUGGGCUGAGGGAAAUUGGUCCAGCGCCACCACCAAGAGAGCAACAGCCCCCCACAGAAGAUCCCCCCGCUGAAGAGACAGUUCCGCUUCCCCGUCAGCGGGAAGGUCCCCCACGCCCGGAGCUGCCGAAUAGUCCACCGUCGGUCAGGGUGUACCCUCCAGAGCCAGCAGGUGACAUCAAAUCUUAA